AUGUCCAGUUCAACACCAGUAACCUUCAAACCGGCCCUGAUUCUCCACGGCGGCGCAGGCAGCAUCCAACGCUCCACCCUCCCACCCGAGCUAUGGGCCCAAUACCACGCGUCCCUCCGCUCCUACCUCCGAUCGACGCACGAGAAACUCAAAAACGGCGCCAGCGCUCUCGACGCAGUCGUCCAUGCCGUCUCGCUGAUGGAAGAUGACGAGCUCUUCAACUGCGGUCGCGGUAGCGUCUUCACCUCUGCAGGGACGAUAGAGAUGGAAGCCUCCGUCAUGGUCACAACGGUACAGGACAUGGAGAAUGGAGAGACAGCCGGGGGAGCUGACGGUAGUACGCCGACGCCGUUUAAGCGCGGUGCGGGCGUUAUCGGGGUCAAAAAUGUUCGACAUCCCAUCCAGCUUGCUCGGGAAUGUCUCCUGCGCACUGGGUACGAUGAAUCGGGUAACCCAAACGGAGACGGGGGCAAUAUGCAUUCUCAGCUUGCGGCGCCGUUUGUGGAGGAGUUAGCGCGGGACUGGAAGCUUGAGUUUAUGCCCGAUGAAUGGUUCUGGACGAAGAAGCGAUGGGAGGAGCAUCUUCGUGGUCUACGCGGGGAGAAGGAGAGUGUGACCAUGAGCCAGGGGACGGUUGGAUGUGUGUGUUUGGAUCAGUGGGGGAAUCUUGCUGUUGCGACGAGUACCGGGGGUUUGACGAAUAAGGCGCCUGGGAGGAUAGGGGAUACGCCAACGUUCGGGGCGGGGUUCUGGGCUGAGACGUGGGAGGAGGAUGUUGUUGGGCCGAGGAGAGUUGGAGACAUGGAAUACAGACGCAGAUCGGAAGAGGAUGCUGCUGCUGGUAGUCUUGGGUCGGCGGUUAGGGACUUGGUCCGUGAUGCUCGCUCGUUGCUGGCGGAUUGUCUGCCUGCUUCUCUGAGAGACGAGCCUCCGGCAUACGAGUAUGCAUCCUAUCCCCUUGAAUCCGAAAAGCAGCCCCUUGUCUCGCCUCCACCGUCCUCCCGGGUGGCCAAGAGGAGACGUGCCAUCGCCGUCUCAGGAACCGGAAACGGUGAUUCAUUUCUACGCGUUGCUGCCGCCCGAACGGCAUCUGCUAUGCUCCGCUUCUCGUCUCCGAGUGCAUCCCCAAGGACCCUUGCGGAAGCAGUGACGGCCGUUGCCGGCCCGAACGGGGAGUUGCAGCGUUCUGCAGGGAAUCGCUGGGGGAUAACGGGUGAGGGAGCGGGUGGGAUGAUCGGUAUUGAAGCCGAAAUAGAUGUCUACGAUAACGUUUCGCAUAGCUUCGUGGGGAGGAAGAAUUUGCGACGGGGCAAAGUCGUGUUUGAUUUCAACAGCGGUGGUAUGUUCCGGGCUUGGGUGGAGGAAGGGGAUAAUGGGGAGGACAUUGAGCGAGUAAUGGUCUUCCGGGGCGAGUAUCGGUAG